GGGAGAGGAGCGAGAGAGCGAGCGAGCGAGAAAGAAUAAAAGGAAAGAAGAUUUUUCUCUAUGUAUAUAAAGAUGGCCACGUUAGCAAACGGACAGGCUGACAACGCGAGCCUCAGUACCAACGGGCUCGGCGGCAGCCCGGGCAGCGCCGGGCACAUGAACGGAUUAAGCCACAGCCCGGGGAACCCGUCGACCAUUCCCAUGAAGGACCACGAUGCCAUCAAGCUGUUCAUUGGGCAGAUCCCCCGAAACCUGGAUGAGAAGGACCUCAAGCCGCUCUUCGAGGAGUUCGGCAAGAUCUACGAGCUCACGGUUCUGAAGGACAGGUUCACAGGCAUGCACAAAGGCUGCGCUUUCCUCACCUACUGCGAGCGUGAGUCAGCGCUGAAGGCCCAGAGCGCGCUGCACGAGCAGAAGACCCUCCCCGGGAUGAACCGGCCGAUCCAGGUGAAGCCCGCGGACAGCGAGAGUCGAGGAGGUAGUAGCUGCCUGCGCCAGCCCCCUUCACAAGAUAGAAAACUCUUCGUGGGCAUGCUCAACAAGCAGCAGUCAGAGGACGACGUGCGCCGCCUCUUCGAGGCCUUCGGGAACAUCGAGGAGUGCACCAUCCUGCGCGGGCCCGACGGCAACAGCAAGGGGUGCGCCUUUGUGAAGUACUCCUCCCACGCCGAGGCUCAAGCCGCCAUCAACGCUCUACACGGCAGCCAGACCAUGCCUGGAGCCUCCUCUAGCCUGGUGGUCAAGUUUGCGGACACUGACAAGGAGCGCACGAUGCGGCGGAUGCAGCAGAUGGCUGGCCAGAUGGGCAUGUUCAACCCUAUGGCCAUUCCCUUUGGGGCCUAUGGCGCCUACGCUCAGGCACUGAUGCAGCAGCAAGCGGCCCUCAUGGCGUCAGUCGCUCAGGGUGGCUACCUGAACCCUAUGGCUGCCUUCGCUGCCGCCCAGAUGCAGCAGAUGGCAGCGCUCAACAUGAACGGCCUGGCAGCUGCGCCCAUGACCCCAACCUCAGGUGGCAGCACCCCCCCAGGCAUCACUGCACCAGCUGUGCCUAGCAUCCCAUCCCCCAUUGGGGUGAAUGGCUUCACUGGCCUCCCCCCACAGGCUAAUGGGCAACCUGCUGCAGAAGCUGUGUUUGCCAAUGGCAUCCACCCAUACCCAGCCCAGAGCCCCACCGCCGCGGACCCCCUGCAGCAGGCCUACGCUGGAGUGCAGCAGUAUGCAGGUCCAGCUGCCUACCCUGCUGCCUACGGUCAGAUAAGCCAGGCCUUUCCUCAGCCACCACCAAUGAUUCCCCAGCAACAAAGAGAAGGGCCCGAGGGCUGUAACCUGUUCAUCUACCAUCUGCCCCAGGAGCUUGGGGACGCUGAACUGAUGCAGAUGUUCCUCCCUUUCGGCCGGCACCCCGUGCCCUCCCGCUGCCAGGCCCCCUCCUGUCAGGGAGGACAGUGUCCAAUAAGCUCCUCCGCCCGCAGGCUUCGUGAGCUUCGACAACCCGGCCAGCGCGCAGACCGCCAUCCAGGCCAUGAACGGCUUCCAGAUCGGCAUGAAGAGGCUCAAGGUGCAGCUGAAGCGGCCCAAAGACGCCAAUCGCCCGUACUGAACGCCGGCGGGAGCGUCCCCCGGGGGAGACCAGGACUCGCACAGGGCCAGUCAAAUCCACCACAGUCUCGCGCUGAGCUAGGAAUAAAGUUCACGUAAUCACAUGAGAGUGGAGAAAAGUCCCCCAUCCGGCAGGAUGCUGAACGGGCUACAUUAAAAAACAAACCUCUCUCUCUCUCUCUAUUUAUAAAUGAGAACUGUUGGAUGACACCUUUGACAUAUCAGCCAAUACCAAUCAAGCUGAAGACUCCAGACACUCUGUGUGAUUAUAACAUUUCUUCAAGGAAAGUAGAGCGUAAAUGGAGUUUCAGAGGGCACGUGUUUGGGGGAAAAAUACAAGUGACAUAAAAGAAGAUGAUGACGACGAAGAAGAAAAAUGAAACAAAAACAAGCAAAUACAAAAAGGCAACUUUAAAACAAAACAGCGUGCCCAGAUGGGGAAGCUGAAAGGCUGGGCACUGGGAGGAGAUCGCUGCUGCUGCCGACCCUGGGCUUUUCCAGCCUGUGGGCGCCUGAGGCAGGCGGGGCACGGAGCGGCUUGGCGGGGCCUGGUCCCCAGCGGGGCGGCUGGGAGGCUGCCACUGAGCCUCUCUAUCUGUCAUUCCUUUAGCUAUUUAGGGACCAAAGGACCAAACUUUUUAUUGCAGACGUGUAGCUCUGUCAGAUAGAGGCAGAAUGGAGACCUACCUCCUUCCUGCCUCCUGGCUGUUCUUGAAACAGCUUAGGGCGAUUCUAUGAAAAAAAUGUAAUAAAAAAAUUUAAAAACAAAAAAAAAACAAAAAAAACACAAAAAAUAAUGCUUCAAUGCUUUUAAAACAGCAAGAUAAUAGUUCUUUGAUACUUUGAGAGGCGCUUUGAUUACUCUCAUUGAAGUCUAGGACACUUUCCUAUGGUUUUCUGUAUUAUAUGUAUGGAUGGAGCUGUUAAGGUGAACAGAUUGAUGGAUAUUUGGGGAAAGCGACCAAGAUAUUAAGUCAUUAACCAUGAAGUGUGAGAAAACGAGGGGAACCAAGGUAAUGGUUGUGAAAAGUCUGUAAAUGCUUCUAACUCUUACCCCUCUUAAAAUCAUAAUAGUUGUACAGAAUUUUAAAAGGAAAAGUUUAAAAUACCUAUAUCAUAGAAGAAAAUAAAAUUAGAGGAAAGCAAAAAAUAAAAAAAAUAAAAAAGGAAAAAAAAAACCUUAUAGAAGUUAGCGUUACUGCUAAAAAUCCCAGAUGUUGUAGGACUGUA